GCGAGUCAGUCAGAGGGCGAUUCGGUAAGGGACGAGUCGGCCAGGGGGCGAGUCGGUCAGGGGGCGAGUCGGUCAGGGGGCGAGUCGGCUAGGGGCCGAGUUGACCUGCAAUCGACAUAAUGGAUGUAUGCGCUCAUCAAUGAUUCAUCGAAUCUGCAGGGAACUUAGACUCUUAAAGUGUAGGCUACGUUUGGCUACUUUUGGCAGUUGAUAAACAACAUGAACGUCUUACCAAGAUUCUUACGCCAUGCACCAAGACUGUCUGGGUUAUGUCCUGCAGUAGCCCUGUCCACGUUGGCUCAUCGUCCCAUCCGACUUGUGCCUGCAUGCUGCCAGAACAGGACACUACAGAAUGUCCCUCGGUCCAGACUCGUUCAGCACACUGGAGUGAGGUGUAUGGCAUCCUCUGUACAAAUCCCAUCUGAUUUACUUUUCCGGCAGCUGUUUGACUACCAGUCCUACACCUACACGUACUUAUUAGCAGACUGCCAGACCCAGGAAGCCAUCCUGAUUGAUCCUGUGCUGGAGCUUGUCAACCGAGACACUCACCUCAUAGAGGACCUGCAACUGAAUCUCAAAUUUGCGGUGAAUACGCAUUGCCAUGCAGACCACAUCACUGGAACCGGCGAAUUGAAGAAACGCUUCCCGAGUUGCAAGAGCAUGAUAAGCAAAGACAGUGGUGCCAAGGCCGAUGUGUACAUCAAAGAAGGGGACAGAGUGGUGUUUGGCAAUAAGGAGUUAAAUGUGCUGUCCACUCCAGGACAUACCAAUGGCUGCCUGACGUUUGUGCUACACCACGACGGCAGACCGGUGCUUGCAUUCACUGGAGAUGCCCUGCUCAUCAGGGGGUGUGGCAGAACCGACUUCCAAGAAGGUUGCUCUGCAACUCUGUAUGAAUCAGUGCACAAGAAGAUCCUAUGCAUGCCAGCUGACACGCCCCUGUACCCUGCACAUGAUUAUACAGGCCAGACAUGUACAUCGGUCAGAGAAGAGAAGGCGUACAACGCUAGGCUGACCAAAACCAAAGAGGAAUUCAUUGGCAUCAUGGAGAGGUUGAAUCUACCCUACCCAAAGGCCAUAGACAAAUCUCUGCCAGCGAAUAUGGUGUGUGGUGUGCUGGAGGACUUGCCCAACAAAUAAGCCAAGUGUUGCGUGUAAGGGGGCGUGGCCAGAGCUUGGCAGGAGGGGGAAACCAGAGCAACAACAUUCAGGGUCAAAGGUCAUUCAGUUCAUUCGGGAGACAGGUCAAGAAACCAUGGAGGUCUGAUGAUUUUUAAGAAUAUUUUAGUAAGCUUUUUUAUUCAAAAUUGAAAUAUUUUUGAAAGACAAUUAAAUUUAGAUUUUCCUGUUUGUCAUGUGUAAAAUUUCCAUGUUUACAUUAUUAUAAUUAAUUAUUUUGUGAUAAUGAAACCAAGGAUUCCUCAAAAGCGUUCAAGGCACUGUAGCUCGCAAGCCUGUAGAAACCUGUAGAGAGGAGACGAUGAGAAGAAAUAUUCUGGUGAAACCCACGGAAUCAGGAAGGGACUGAAAACCCAAACCACAUGUUGGCCCAGGCGGGAUUCGAACCUAAGCAUACAUGAAGGAACCUUAAUUAUUAUUCUGUUGUGAUGCUCACUUUAACGGUAAUGUACAACAUUUGCAAACAUUAAAAAAUGAAACUACCAAAUUAUGAAGUACCUUUACUUGACUGUAAGUAAAUAAUGGAUUAAAGCAUUGUGUGAAAUGUUUGCACCUGGGAUGCCGUCAUUUUCAAGAAAAGUGGAAUUUUGUAUAAUUUUGCAACGAUGGUUCUGCCAACCACUGUUGGGAACAACCCAGCUUUUUCAAAUAUUACCCCUAAUUGACUGGAUUUAGUUCUACAUUUUUGUUCGCAUUCAGUAACUUAUCCGUGAAUGCGCAUAAGCCUACUAGUCUGGUUCCCUGACCUGACAAUUCCCUGAGGUCUAUAAAUUGUUCCAUUUUGUCUGAAGCUUAGGGUCGGGGAACCGGACUACAAGAACAUCUUCUUCUUUUUGCGUACUACACGAACACAAAACUUAAAAAAAUAAAAAAUGUCAGUGUGACGAACAUUUGGUAUCAAAUACCAACCCCCAAAUCCAUCAAUUUUUGAAAAUUACUGCAAUAGCAAAUGUUGUAUAUUGCCUUAGAUGAGCAUGCAAUAUUUUUAUUCAAGAUGUUUGGUAAGCAAAUUUGAAUUUGAAUGAAUAUGCUUAUAACUUUUAUAAUUUCUGCCACAAACAACCAGUGCAGAAAUAUUCCAACUUUCACCUUCCACCAAAGGAUCAUUCCACUGUUAAAACGGAUGUGCAACUACAUUGAGAAAUCCAGUAAUCUUUAAAUUUUCAAUUUCGGGAUAUAUUCUUAAAGCAGAGAAUGAAUCGUGGUAUUUUGACUGGAGGUAACUUGAUGAUUAUGGGAUAGGAGGAAUAAAAUAAACGUGUGUGAUGUGUAAUGAAUGAAAAUGCCAUAAAAUGUAUAUUAUUUGUCUAUCUCAAAUUCUGAAAUAAUGACAAAAUUGACGCUUAAUCAUGUUAAUAGUGUUGUUUUGAUGUAACUUUGUAGUUCGCUUAUAAAAGGUUUUUUACACAGAACAAAAUUGUGAGAUGCUUGAAAAGCCAUAGUCAAUUUAUAUCAUUUUUUUAGGACACAACACUUUAGCAGCUUUUUACGAUUUUCCUGAAGGAAUUUAAAGUUGUCAUCAUUUUGCUAGAGGAAUAAGUGCAUUUUAUUGUUGGCACAAUUAAAAAUGCUGUUCAGAUUUCAGAAAGUGUUGUUCAUGGCAAGCUCAAAGUUGGAGGGUCUUUUGGCUAGACCCUAAAACAGUAAUAGACAACUUGUGCAGUGCACCCUCACUCGGUCAAAAAUUAAAAUUCACUGACAGUGAAAUGUUAUUUAAAUUCACUGACAGUGAAAUGCAUCAACUUAUGCGUAUUACAGAGGAACUGAAAAGACCUCUGCCCUCAGAUGUGCCAUCAUCUGCAAAGGGUCUUUACCCUU